CCCAUCGAAAACAGGAGGCCAAAUCCAGCGACGUUUAUCUAACUCAUACAACUCAAUCACCGUCUAAGCUGCAGAGUAUCCGUACAUCCAUAAAGCAACAUCUCCCUGCGAGUAUCUAAAGCUAAUUCUUCAAUUUUUUUUCUUGAAAAUUAUACUAUCAGCAAAAGAAAAAAGAUGUGGAGUGAUCUAAUUUUACAAGCGUGUAUAAUUCUGAUCAUCAUUUUAAUGUUUCUGAUCAUGCACAACAUCCCCCAGAAGCUAUUCACAAAGCUCCGUCUCUACAGUCGUCGAGCCAAUCUCCAAGCCAAGCGCCACUUCGUUCUCGGCGCCCAGCUCCUCUCCCAGGCCAGAUCCUCCAAAGACCGUUCUAGGUCUUCCUCCCUAGCCAAAGAAGCCGAAUCCGAAGCCGAGAAAGCCAUCCAUCUCGAUCCAAAGGACGCUGCGGCUCACAUUCUCAAGGCCCUGGCUCUGGAGCUCCAGGGGUUCAAGACUUCAGCAAUCGACUCGCUCGAUGUCGCGCUUUCUCCGCUUGCCGUCAAGUCUCUGAGCGAUUUGGAGAGAGGGGACGCUUUAUACAAACGAGCCGAGUUGAGGCUUUCCGUGAGUCGACGCGGACGGGUUGACUUGGUGGUUGAGGACCUGGUUGAAUCGGUGAGGCUUAAAAAUGAUAACGCCAAGGCAUUUGGUUUACUGGCAGAGUGUUACGAAAAGAAAGGGCUGAAAGAAGAGGCCAAGAAAGCGUAUGAGGAUGCAUUGAAGGUCCAGCCCAACUACAAUGUGGCCCAAGAGGCCUUGGACCGCUUGGUUUCAUCCUAACCGGUUUUAUGCUUUUUUAACCUUUUUUUUUUUUAUAAAAAAAAAAUAAAUUAAUUUGGUUGCCAUGUUAUUCCCAGUUAUUCUGAUGGUGGACAGACCCAUUUAUGUGAAAAAUGUGCAAAAAACGCUGAGAUUUGCUCAACUCUGUCAUUCAGUAUUGGUUAGUAAUGAGUUUCUUGCUUUAA